UCGCAGCAGCAGCCCUGGUCCAUCGCGCGCAGAGAAGAAAUCGCGAGAUGAGGCUUGGACUUCUCGUGCUCCUCAGCCUCGCGCUUUGCGCCGCACAGACGUCUGACAAUGAGACCGACCCCUACUUUCCAGCUCCUUAUUUUGACGAAGGAGAAAACUUGAGUAGCGAGAACUGUGGAAACGAAAAAACUCUGAAACAAUCGGCCGUUUUUGUUACAAACAUACACACUAACUUUAGUUGCUUUGGAUACAUAGUUAUUUCUCAAAGGAAUUUUCUUGGAAGAGGUUAUUGCCCCCUUUUGUAUGGAAGUGAUACAACUGAUCUACGGGUGUUUCCGCAAAACUGUUAUGGCCGCGAAACAGAAGAAGAAUGCAUCAGAAAUUCCGUCAAAGUGCUGGAUAUAAUCGAAAUUGCCAUAAAUCCGACAGCAACUAGAAAAGUCAAGAUUUUGAAAACUGAGAAAAUGCCGAGUGAGUUCGUAACUCCCAUUUGCUUGUUUAACCGUGACAACGUACUGGACUUGCUACUUCAAAGAGAAUCGACCUACUUUGAAUGGAGACCAUAUAACGGUGCUCUAUCUGGCAAAAAAAAUGUGACGGGUCAAAGCAACUGUACCAGGAUUCUAGACAGUACUCCAUUUGAAUCUUUGAAAAGAAGAAACAUUCCCAUCCAGAAUAUUCUGUGUGUAGAGAAAACUGAUAUUUAUUUUGAUUAUCUGAUCAAUUUCUACAGAGGACGCUAUUUCUUGAGAGGUUUCAAAUUUGUUUGGAACUCUUACAUUGAUAUAUUGCCACACAUUGACGAGAUCGCAAGGAAAACAAAAGAUAUUUCUGCUCUACGCCCGAUCCCACCAACAAAACAAUUGAGAGGAUUCAAUGGACGAGACAACCUCAGUUUCUCAAACUGUGGAAGGAAACCGACGUCAACGAGAAGGAAACGCGGAAAUGACGAAUCUUCUGAAGAUUUGCAACCGACUAGACAUAUUUUCGGCGGAAACAAAGCUCAGACUGGAAAUCAACCAUGGCAUGCUUAUAUUGAUAAUUAUGUGACUGGAGGAAAAUGUGGCGGGACACUGAUUUCGCCGACAGCAGUUUUGACCGCUGCACAUUGCAUUUAUGGAUCAGAAGCUGAAGAUUUCAUAGUUUCUCUUGGGAUGUAUGAUAAAAGACUAAGAUCAGCUCCCGGUGUUCAGAGAAGAUUGCUUCGCAGUCUGAUCACGCACCCGAAAUAUGACCCUAAGGAGUUCAACAGUGACGUCGGACUCGUGAUUUUGAGUGAAAAAAUUGAAAUAACCAACCAAGUCCGACCGAUUUGCUUGUGGAACGAAGACUCUAACUUGGCUCGCCUGGCUGAAACUAAAGCUAUGGCGGUUGGAUUUGGUCUUGUCGACAACCACACGCGUACAAAUGAACUGCAAGAGGCUCGACUUCCGAUUAGAGAUCACAAAGAGUGCUACUUGUCAAGCAGGAGGUUUUUUGCGAAAUAUUUGGUGCCGGGUGACAAUUUUUGCGCCGGCUACACGAACGGAACGACCACCUGCAACGGGGACAGCGGAGGCAGCCUCUCAGUGGAAAAAGACGGCCGUUGGUUCAUCAGGGGAAUUGUCAGCUUUGGAAUUGAGAAAAAGGUGAUGUUUGAGGGCGAAGAAAGAUCGUUCUGUCGCCCGAAUCAAUAUACAUUGUUCGCUGACGUCGCAAGUUACAUGGACUGGAUUGUGGAAAACACGCCGGACAUUUCAUUCCGAAAUUAAAUGUGGGCUUUUGAAACAAAACGAAAUUUGAAGUUUUCAAUAUAGGAAAUAAUGCUAAACAGCAUAAUUUCUUAACAAUAUAUUUUUCUAUGGGGUUUUAGUUUGCAAUAUGAGUUUUUGAUUUCUCGGCUUUUAAUAGAAAAACCAAUAAAAAUGACAUUAUUUUAGCUCACUCUAUACGUUGUGUUUCAG